AUGGCCAACCGACCCACCAACGCAGAACGCUUGGAUGAUUUAACCAUCAAAGUUGAUUCUAUUCUAGAACAACUUUCUCUUUUGAUGGUUCGACCACCUUCCCCCCAACCACACGUUUCUCCCUCAAAUUCCAAUGCCCCUGACGGGUUCCGCAGACCACACAUGAAGCUCGAAGUUCCCAGGUUCGAUGGAACUGACCCCAUUGGCUGGAUCUUCAAAAUUUCCCAAUUCUUCGACUACCAGAAUACACCGGAACAGGAACGUCUUCAAGUCGCCUCCUUCUAUAUGGACGGACCAGCCCUAAGUUGGUACCAGAGGAUGUACCGGAACAACCAGAUUCAGACAUGGUUUGGGCUCCUUCGCGCCUUGGAAACUCGUUUCGCUCCGUCACUCUAUGAUGAACCUUCUGAUGCUUUAUUCAAACUCACACAGAAAGGGACAGUUCAACAAUAUCUCACAGAGUUUGAACGCCUCGCAAAUCGAAUAGUGGGUUUACCUGCCACAUUUGCCCUGAACUGCUUCAUCUCCGGAUUGACACCAGAAAUCCACCGCGAGGUUCAGGCCCUCCGUCCCGCAUCUCUGGAUCACGCGACCCAGCUUGCUAAGCUGCAAGAAGACAAAAUCGAGGAACGUCGUCGUUCUUUCCGCCCCAAAACUCAGAUUCCGGCAACUAAUUUCAAUACUGCCUUACCACCCGCCACUGCGCCCCCGACACUCCUACCGGCACCCCAACCCCGCAUCAACUUUCGCCGCCUCAACCCAGAAGACAUGGCCGCUCGUCGGGAAAAGGGUCUUCGCUAUAACUGCGACGAGAUCUUCACACCAUCCCACCGUUGCAAAGGGAAAUUUUUUCUCUUCACUACCGAAGACCCUAUCACCGAUGAUUUUACCCCGGAUCCUACAAUGCUUCUGGAUCCACCUUCUCCUACGGCCGUUGCUGACGGAAACCAUUCUCAGGUCAGCCUCCAUGCUUUCACUGGCGGUGUUGGUUCAUCCACCAUACGUCUCCAAGGGCAAAUCGGCAACAACCCUGUUUCUAUUCUCGUCGACGGUGGUAGCGACCACAAUUUUAUUCAAGACUGGGUAGCCAAAUUCCUAGAUCUCCCUUCAAUCCCAUACAACCCCUUGACCGUUAUGGUUGGGAGCGGCAAUCUCUUACGAUGUGAUCGUCUUUGCCUUGAGGUCGAACUAAAAAUUCAGGAGCACACUCUCCAUGUUAAUUUCUACAUCCUUCCUUUGAGAGGUGCCGAUAUUGUUUUGGGCGCGCCAUGGCUCAAAUCUAUUGGGCCUGUUCUCAUGGAUUAUAACCACCUUACCAUCUCAUUUACCCACCAAGGCCAACCCAUCACAUUAAGGGGGAUUCACCAUAGUCACACUGACCCACUCUCUAGCCCACAACUCAAACGGUGCAUCCAAACUCAUAGUGCAUCCGAACUAUUUACUAUCCAAAUUAUACCCAUACAUGAACCCACCACCACAAAUUCACCGCCCCACACCGCUUACCUACCACCUACCAUCAAGACAUUUCUCCUCCGUUUUGACAAUCUCUUCCACUCACCAUCAUCAUUACCCCCAUCUCGUCCAUCUGAUCACCGUAUUCACCUCCUUCCUAAUGCUACACCGGUAAACGUCAAGCCCUACCGUUACCCUCAUUCCCAGAAAAGUGAACUUGAAAAACAAGUAAAAGAGUUGCUUGACAAGGGCAUGAUCCAACCAAGUAGGAGUCCGUUUUCUUCACCGGUCCUCCUAGUUCGUAAGAAGGACGGGUCCUGGCGCUGUUGUGUCGAUUACAAGGCUCUUAACGUUGUCACUAUUCGUGACCAUUUCCCAAUCCCUACCAUUGAUGAGUUGUUAGACGAGCUUGGUGGCGCAACAUGGUUUUCCAAACUCGACCUUCAACAAGGCUUUCAUCAAAUAUUGAUGCAUCCGGAUGAUAUUGCUAAGACAACAUUUCGUACUCACCAGGGACAUUAUGAGUACCGCGUAAUGCCCUUUGGCCUCUGUAAUGCGCCGUCAACGUUCCAAGCUACCAUGAACACCAUCCUCGGCCCAUUUCUCCGUCGAUUUGUUGUUGUCUUUUUCGACGACAUUCUUGUUUAUAGUUCGUCUCUCUCACAACAUGUUUCUCAUUUGGAACAGGUACUACAAUGUCUGUUGGAGAACCAAUUUUAUCUCAAAAUCUCUAAGUGUCUCUUUGCACAAAGGCAACUGGAAUAUCUGGGACACAUCAUUUCCGUUGCAGGGGUUCAACCUGACCCUUCCAAGAUUCAAGCCGUGCUGGAUUGGCCUCCUCUUUCUAACGUCAAGGCUCUCCGUGGCUUCCUCGGCCUUACUGGCUUUUACCGUAAAUUUGUCAAAGGGUAUGCCAAUAUUGCCUCCCCUCUUACAAAUUUACUUCGAAAAGAUGCCUUUGCUUAG